GUAGCCUAUUGUACAAUAACUUCUAGAAUUGUGUAUAUAAUUUCUAAAAUCUUCUCACUGAAACAUCAUUCUCUUUAGAGAUCUCAGCUAAAUAACACCGCAACAAAGAACCUUUAAGACAUUUAAUAAUGGAAUCGAAAACUACCGUUACUUAUACUUUAUUCCUCUAUCGUAAAGAAUUACAUCGCUCUCAAUGUCGUUAUAAGACUUUGAAUCGUACAAAACUAUCUCUUACCGAUAAAUUAAUUACGAAUAGUGUACGCAAUAUAAGGAAGUGUUCAAUGUCAGAUUUGCAAGCCAUCAAUCGGGAAAUGGCUUUCAAAAAGAUAUUGAAACAACAGAUAAAACGUAUAAGGCAACUGGAAAAGAUGGGUAUGAAAAAUGUCAAUCCAAAUAAACUACCAUCAAUGGAGUUUUAAAGAAGUAAAGCGCAUGGAAUUAUAAAUGAUAUGUAUGGAUUCAAGGCGAUAUUA